GGGCGUGAAUUUGACGAGAGGCCGGAUGAUCUGGGUGGGAUCUCGGAAGAGGGAGACCGGCGACAGGUGCGCGCCUGUGGCGGGUGGCACACCUUAACGGGAGCCGUACACCGACGUCUACGCGAAUACGUGCAGAGGGAAGCAGAUGUGUCCUCUCUCUCGUUGAAUUUCCCUCCUCUCUCUCAUGCCGGCCGCCGGCUCUCCCUCCCCGUAUAAUAUCUCCAGCCUAUUCUCCUCACCGCCCCCGCCCGCCGCCUGCGCCUUAGCGACCUCUGCACGCUGUCUGCACGCCCAGACCCCCUCGCACUCGCGCCUGGACCCCUCUACGCACAUAGUCCAUCCCGGCAAACUGUACUUGGCUCCCGGGUGGUUCCAAGACGUACCACCAGCCCGUCCGAACAUAUAGAGCGCAGGCAGACCCAGCGCGCCGCCAGACUCCAUGGCUACGCUCAGCACGACCUCCCUGACCCCGAACCCAACCACUCCGUACUUUGCAGACGACCGGGAAUGGAUCACCGCCUACCUCACCAUCCACGUGCUAACCAAGAACAGCAUGGCAUAUGCCUUCGUUCUGUGGACCGCCUUCGCCGCCGUUGUCGUGCUGUACGCCGCCUUCCAUCUCACUGGUAUCCGCGGGGGUUGGCUCGGCGCCCUCUGGAGCAAGUGGGCACUGCGCCGGAGGACAUGGAGGAAGAAGCAUGCUCUUAAGCUUGCCCAGCAGAGAGGCCAACCACAUAGCCAGCCCCUCCCCCUUCCGUCCAACGCCCAAAUCCUCACGCUCACUUUUCUUGUCUGCGCUACGCUGGCUGUAUCAUUUGUCGGGCCCGACUACUUCGCUCCGGGCUCUAAUCUCCUCAACGUGCACAACACCACUUCCGUGCUUGUAGCCAGGGCUACUACGCUCGAUCUCAGUGCCCUGACGAAGUACCAACCUGCCUAUACCAUCCGCAAGGCGUGGUGGACGUCUGGCAACAGGACGGGUGUCAUUGCUUUCGCGCUGUUCCCUCUGUGUGUCCUUCUCGCUCUCAAGAGACCCCCGUUCGCCAUCCUCUCGCUGCCGUUUGUCCUGCACAUCCACUUCGACAAGCUCGCCUGGCUACACAAAUGGAUCGGCCGUCUCAUCUGGUUCUGCUCUGCGAUGCACGUCGCUCUCUGGAGCGUGCAGUUGAUUCUCGAGCACAGGCCGAGCACCGGCAAGAUUGUCUACACUUACGCAUGGGGCUACACCAACUUCAUCUACGGCUGGAUUGCGUUCGGGGUAAUGACCUUGCUUGUAUUCUCCUCAUUUCGACCGAUCCGACGACUGCAUUACGAAAUCUUCUAUGGCCUUCACGUCCUCCUCGUCCCGCUCACGCUCAUCUUCAGCGCGCUGCACCACCCGCCGGUGUGGUGGUGGUGCUGGGGCGCGCUGGCGGUGUGGGUGGGCGAGCGGGCGUGGAGGUUCGUGUGGUGGCUGAACACAAAUGGCUACUUGGAUGCUAUUCUGGGACCCGCACCCACCAAGACGCUCGCACAACCGCCCGUCCGUGCGCCUCUCCCGCCCGAGCAGCUGGAAAUGGCCCGCCUCGGCUCCCCGCUCUCCCCGCACCCUCUCCUCCACCAGAGCUAUCCGAACUCGCCCGCGAGUCACGCCAUGAGGCUCGGCGCAGACAUCGCCCUCGCGCGCUCCGCGAAGCUCUCGUUCGGCGCGUCAGGCAGGUAUGUCCCACCCGCAGGCUUCGCGCACGCCGAACUCCUCCCUGGGCGCACAAUCCGCCUCCGGCUUAUCACCCCGGGGUACUUGCCUUGGGCGCCUGGACAACACUUCCUCGUCCAGUGCCCUGCUAUAUCCCGCCUAACGACACAUCCCUUUACAAAUGCCACUAUUUGCGACCAGGAGGCGCCGAACGAGGAGGGUCGGGAACUCGUCUUCCUCAUCCGCGCGAAGAACGGGUGGACCAAGCAUCUUUGGGACGCGGUCGCGACGAUGAUCGCUCGCGGGCAGAACCAUACGCCUGGCGUGCAACUGCCCGUGAACACAAUCGCGCCACCAAGAGGCGUGCUUCUCCGGACGUUCGUCGACGGCCCCUGCGGGUCAGCAGCGAGGGCGCGCUGGGGCGAGUACUCGACAGUGCUCCUCAUCGCGGGCGGGUCUGGUGUCAGCUUCGCGUUGUCGGUGCUGCAGUUCAUGACGCUUUGCAUGUCCGGCCGGGACGGGCAGUAUCUGGGCGGCAAGAAGGGUGGCUGGGGCCAGCCCAGCUUCAAGACGAAACGUGUCCGCUUCGUAUGGCUCGUACGCGAAUUCGGUCACAUACAGUGGUGUGCUACACUGUUGCGUCGCUGCAUGACGAUGAUACCUGCGCCUGAGCUUCAGGUCGACAUCUUCGUCACGAAUAUCAAGGCUCGCCCGAAGCAGCAGCCACAGCCAGCGCUACACCGCGUGCCGUCCGACAACGACGUCCUUGCCCCGCCCGCGCCUCGGUUUGCGCGCCAGACACACCUUUCGCCGAACGAGCGUCCCGCGUCGGUCGCGUCUGUUGACAGCGACUACGAGUCGGACCCGGAGAGCUGUGUGGACCUCAGCUACUACACGGGCGAGUUUCAUGAGGAGAAUGGCGAGUUGGGGCAUGAGGAACAUGUGCUUGACCUGACGAACUUCGAGGGUGACGACGACACGGCGAUGCCGGGUGAGACGCAAUUCAACCAGUCGGUCAAGCGGGAGGGCAGGCUGCGAAGAGCAGCGUCGCAGCGGGCUGCUGGCCUCUUGAAGUCGAAGAAGAAGAAGCGCGAUAGCCGGAACGACCACUAUCCACCGAUGCAAGCGCAAGGCUCCUCAGUCCGUCUUGUCGACCGGAAUCCCAGCGACGAUAUGUCUCUUAAUUUCGCACAGGAACAACGUCGAGACACACUGCAUCCCAUCCAUACCGACGUCGAUACACUAUCGCCAGCGAAGUCACCAACAUCCGCACUACCCUAUUCCCCGAUAUCACCAUUGUCCAUGCAAUCACCGCACUCAACACUCGUCCCCAGCUCCUCGACCAGCACCCUCCAAGGCUUCUCGGACUCGCCCACGCCCACGCACAAUCCAAAGCGGUCGUCAGAGGUAAGCAUGAGUGUGCCCGGUCCGUCUGGUGCAUCCGGACACGUAAUGACGCGUACACUUUCGAAUGCUUCGCAGAUGAGCGCGUGGUCCGAGGCGGGCAGCCUCGCGGCGCUGAUCAGCGAGGUGGACGUGCCGCGCAGCAAGAGCGGCGAGCAUAUCAAGCUCGAGCUGGAUGAGCAGGAGAUGCAGGAUGUCGGCUUGCUGGCGGAGCACGCGCGCCCCGGGAAGCCGAAGCUGGAUAGGAUAUUGGCGGAUGAGGUGCAGCAGGCUAAGGGUGCGAUUGUGGUUGGAUGUUGUGGGCCUGUAACGCUCAAUGCCGUCGUGCGUAAGAUCAUCGCGGCACAGAUCGACCCUGGUCGGAUACGCCGGGGAGACAUGAGCGGGUACAUCACGUUGAUCUCGGAGGACUUUGAUUACUAGUACCUCGCCCGUUCGCCUUGCCUUCGCCGACCUUAUUUCUAGCCGUCGCUCGGCGGGCCCCUUCAACCAUUACAUAUGUUUAU